GUUGUUAAAUGGGAUUUCAGUCUGCAGAUGUUUCCCUCCUCACUUCUGCUGUGGCUCGGUUUGGGAGCUUUGGUCAAAUGUACUGCUGGAAGUGACUGGUGCUAUACUGGCUGUGCUCACAGCCCGGCCCACUGGGGAGACGUCUCUUCUUUCUGCGGAGGACAGAGGCAGUCUCCGAUUGACAUAGACACAAGCAAAGUUCACGCGGACCCGAAACUGCUGGACUUUACCUUCAAAAAUUUCUCUUCUCAACACGUCAUCAAAUCCAUCACAAACAACGGACACACAGUGAAAUGCUCCCUGAAGGAUAAUGAAGUUGAAGUGAGUGGAGGUGGACUUGAUGGAACAUAUUCUACGCUCCAGUUUCACUUUCACUGGGGAGAUACUGAACACCAUCCCGGCUCGGAGCACACGAUUGACCAGCACAGAUAUCCAAUGGAGAUGCACAUCGUCAGUCUGAAGAAAGGUCUCACUGCGGAACAGGCCGUCGCCGAUCCGAAAGGAAUUGCUGCUCUUGGGUUUUUCCUAAAUGCAACAGAAGAUGGCGAUCUGUCCGGACCAUGGGGCGAACUCGCGUCUUACCUGACAAGCAACACAAACACUGAGACUGCCAUAAACCAUAACUUCUCUAUAGAUGACCUGAUUGGAAAUGUUUCCCGUACAAAGUACUUUCGCUACAUGGGCUCCCUGACAACGCCCAACUGCAGCGAAGCUGUCGUAUGGACUGUCUUUCAAGAGCCAAUCAACAUCAACAAAAAACUGAUUGCGCGGUUUGCCUCAAUUACGGGACUCACCAAUCUUUAUCGGCCUCUACAAACACUCAAUGGACGUCAAGUUUUUGCUUCUCCUGGAGUUUCUCUCCCUCCCAGCGAGGCAUGGUGCUAUGAUGAUCACUGCAAAUACAGCCAAGCUCACUGGCAACUUCUCUCUCUGUCCAACUGUGGCGGUAAGAGACAGUCACCCAUAAACAUUGAGACAAAGAACGCCGUGGUGAACAAAGCACUUGACGCCUUCACCUUUACAAAGUUCGACGACAAACACACCAUCAAGUACAUCACCAACACCGGCCACGCAGUUAAGUGUGUGCUGAAAGAAAACGCAGUGGAGGUGUCGGGCGGCGGUCUGGGUCACGUCUACUCCAUCCUUCAGUUCCAUUUCCAUUGGGGUUCAGAUGACUCCAUGGGCUCGGAGCACGCGAUGGAUUCGAAACGAUACCCAAUGGAGAUGCAUAUAGUGACCAAGAGGAAGGAUUUAACCCUGGAUAAGGCCGUAAAGACUCCGAAUGGCCUGGCAGUUCUGGGUUUCUUUAUUGAGGUACCGUUGAGUAUCAAAAGCAGCAGCAGCAGCUCAGGACAUGAGACAAAUCCCACACCGAGUCCAACAUCUAAUAUGGAAUCCUGGAAGAAACUGAUCAACUAUCUCUCUGCUAUUAAAGACAUUGGCUCAACAGCUGAGGUCACAGAGGAGAUCUCCAUUGAUGACCUGCUCGGAGGUGUGAAGAAAACUGUGUACUACCGCUACAAUGGCUCCUUAACCACCCCUAUGUGUAACGAAGCAGUGGUUUGGACCGUCUUUGAAGAGUCCGUCAAAGUCGACCGAGACCUUAUAAAGCUGUUCCCGACUCAGAUGAGAUACAAAAACGUGUUCCGGGCUCUGCAGACUCUUCACAGCAGGACAGUCUACAAAUCCUCCCAAGCCAGCACCUCUGCACCUGUCAUAAAGUCUCUGCUGCCGGCCGUGUCCUUCCUCAUACCUUAUUGCUACGCCAUUUCUUUAGUCAGCUGCCAGGCCAUGCUACUCUGGAAGAUCCACCGCUGCAUGCCAAACUUAUGA